UCAAGCGUGGUCGCUUCGGUAGCCACGUGAUCGCAACAGAAGUGUAUUUAAAUACCAAUACAUUUAUAGGUAAGCCAUAACAACGACUACAUGGUACUGACAUCCACAGUUUACUCCGUAAAUAUACAGAAGACAUGGAGGUUCCACAGCAAAGAUGUUCCCUUACAAGGAAGGCACCAAAAUUGUCACGACUUCAAAAGCCGCAACCACGAAAACAACCAGGGAUGACAAACAUCUCCAAUCUUCAGAAUGUUAUCAAUAAAAAUUGUAGCAACCUGCAGAAUUCCUUGAUGACCUCUGAUUCUGAAAACAUUCUGUCUAAGGAUAAUUUCUGUAAUGACCUACCCAGGAAUGAAAGGUGCACUGACUUGUCAAAUGAUACACUGUGUUGUGAAGAUGAUGUUGUGAUAACGGGUAUUAGUCACAUUCCAAUUAGCUAUAGUAAAGUGUUGUUGGAGGAAGCAACCUCCAAUUUGAUUUCUUCCUUAAAUGACAUCAGCCACAAUCAUCAAUCUAGUAACAUAAACUGUGAGAAAGACCGGAUGGAUGUCAACUCAAAUAGCAUAGUGACUUCAACUCCUGAUGAAGUGAAAAGAAAUUUAGAUGAAGCUAUGUCACAGGUUGUGAAGAAAAGGGCCCCUCGAGGAAACAAACUAACAAGGCCUCCACCCUUGAGAGUCAAAUCAUUAAUACCACCAAACUAUGAAGCACUAGAGAUGGAACUGAUGAAUUAUGUUGAACGACUCCUUGAUGACAGUCUAUCCUUACAAUGUACCCUUCAGUUUCGAGAUUUCAUCAGUAAAAAUGGAGCUCAGAUCGAUGAUAAAAACAAAGGGCUGAUGGACAAUUGCUUUGAUUGCAUCCAAGAGGCCAUCACACGGAACACCCUGGAUAGUGUAGUAGAAAUCAACCUCAAAGACAUCUUGCUUCUUCGCAGACAGAACUGGCAAUACCCACACAUGCAGGAAAAGAUCUCGGAUGUCACGUGGAAGGAGAUAUAUAUGAAUCUGAAUGGGUCAGGCGAUGCUUUAAAAUAUUGUGAAGAUACUGAAAGCAGUCAAGUCCCAGCCAAAACAUGUACACAUCUCAUACAGACGCAACAAAGUACUGACUCUGGGUUUGGUGAGGAUGAGAUUUUGUGGGAAUGUGAAGAGGAGUUUCGGAAAGACUUGCAAGAAAUUAACGGUUUCUCCAAAGCAAGAUUGGAGGAUAUCCCUGAGGCAGAAUGCCCAGACAAAGAGUUGCUAGCUGGAAUCCAGAUUAUUGGGAAGGAUCAAAGCCUUGUGGAGGAGGCAGAACAGAUUUUGCGGACACAUUUCAAUAGAAGGAAAUCUGUUUCACCACCUGCUCCUACAGAAAAACCAGAUAUCCCUGCAUCUCCAGCAGAUUAUAUGCCACCCCAACCACCAAAGGGAGACAACUGCAAACUCCCAGAUCACUGGUACCUACCGCCACCUCCUCCAGCACCUCCGUCCAUGACCCCGGCUCCUCAAGAAAAAUCAAGUGUCCCUACAUCACCAGUAGAUUAUAUGCCACCCCAACCACCAAAGGGAGACAACUAUAAACUCCCAGACCACUGGUACCUUCUGCCUCCACCACCACCGCCUGUACAGGAGCCAGACUGUCAUCCUGUCAGGCUUAAUAGACAACUGUCAGAAGUCAAACAGAGGUACGAAGGUAUGGUCAUCAGACAGCCUAUAGGGGCAGGCAUCAGUCCGGACGUAUUACAGGAAAUAGAGAAAUCAAUGCCAGAUGGCAUAUUUACAGCGAGGGGCAGGAGAACAAUGUUUGGUCGAUACCGCUCUGCCAUGGGAAAUACUUCAGAGUCCGAGGCUGUGUGUUAUCAAUACAGCAAGGAACAACUGCUGGCCUAUAGUGACAGUAUAUAUGCCAGAGAGCCUCCACCAGAAUGGUCAUACCUUGAGAAAAUCUACCCAGACAUUUGUCUGAAAAAGGUGAGUUCCUAUUUUGACAGAAAACAUUUUACUGGAAACCCGAUGGAGAAAGGCUUUCCUUCUAAGAUGUGGCAGUCACUGGCCAGACAUGACUCUGUUCCACCACCGAACCAUGCCAUUAUACAGGAGGAGACAUGUAUGUGGUAGAGGAGUGGUACCUGUAUCAGGUCCAGCUAGUGGACAAUUAUCCUUAUUUACAUCACAUCAGCAGAGGGUACGCUUGUUAAUAUAACUCAUCAUUGUUCAUUGACCCUUGCGUAAAGUACUGUUUGUAUUCUGUUGAUCAGAGUUCUGUUCUAGUACUUAUCUUGGAUUUCAAUGGACAAGUUUCUCUGUAACUGGAAAGCAUUGUAGACCAUUCUUCUAUGAUUGAUAAUAGUUGAAUGGUCGUGUAACUAAGAUUUAUAUUCAAAACUGGAACUAGUGCUACAGUAGUGAUAUUCACAGCAGGAGCUUAUACUAAAGGUAGUGGUGAUUUUAAUACAACCUAAACCUGUCCCAUAUAUUGCAGUGUUGUUUUACCACUUAGCUGGUCUUUGUGGAAAUAACAUUUACUACUGACAGGACCUGGUGUUGAUGAAAAAAAAAAUUCCUGAAGUUGUUACGAUGUUGGUCUGAAAAUGGCUCCCAAAUGCUUGAUAAUCUAGUGCUGCAAAUGCUUGAUAAUCUAGUGCUGCAAAUACUUGAUAAUCUAGUGCUGCAAAUGCUUGAUAAUCUAGUGCUGCAAAUGCUUGAUAAUCUAGUGCUGCAACAUUCCUGUAAAACAGUGUAAUUUGACCAUACUCUUAAUGAUGAAAAUCAAAGCUUAUAAACCCCAGUGUUUGAGGAAUUUAGCAUGAUGAAAUUGUGGUGAUAGGCAAGUAUCAAACUAGGUACAUUCAUGUGAACAUGUAGAAGUUUAUUUUAAUUUUGGGUUUUGUACAUGUUGAAUUCACCUGAUUGUGUGUUGUGCACAUAAUUCUAGACAUACAGACUUUAUUAUAGGAGUUUUGUUCAAAGUUUUUUUUUAAAGCAAGUGGUUACCUACAGGUGUAUAUCAUUUGGUAAAACAGGAAACUUGUGUUCUCUGGGCAAAAUCAUUGAUUGGUUAACUAAAAAAUAAACUUUUUGCAGUGCCAAGGAAAAGUAAACAAC